AUCAUUGAUAAGCCACACCCACAAAUUCUCGCUGCCGCUGCAGCGAAUGUUGCUCCUGUUUAUUUGUAGAUAAACUGAUUACAUUUAUCGCGUUUUAAAGGAUAUAACUUACUAUUGUUAUAGUUUUCGUUGGCAGCAUGACGAUAAUUAUUUUAUAUCAAUCACUUAAAACUGUGAGAGGAUUUCCAUUGAUUUCAUUGUGGUUUUAAUUUUCAUAAAUUCAAAAUGGAGGUAUCAGGUCGUAAGGAAUGGGACGAUAAACAGUCAACAUCUAACCAAGGGAGGCAACUUACAGUUCUUUGCCAGCCUUGUGAGUGUGACGGUGAAACAAUAGAAGCGGAGGCAUUCUGUGAAACUUGUAACGAGCUCAUCUGUUCUCCAUGUCUUAAGGUUCAUCGUAAAUUGGCUAUCAGUAAGAAUCACGUGAUCAAGUCAAAGAAUAAAAUGCCAAUAUCAAGGGAAAAGCAAAAAGAUCCAUGUUCGGAGUUAUGUUCAGUUCAUCAUACUGAAAUAAUAAAGUUUUAUUGUGAAGACCACAAUUCUGUAGGAUGCGGAGAUUGUAUGGUUCUUAGCCACAAAACCUGUUCUGUUAAACUCGUAAGUGAUGUAUCCGACAACUAUGAUACCUGCGAGGAACUCGUGCAAAUCAAGAGUAAGACGGACACCUUUCUGCGUAGAAUUUCAUCUUACCAAGGUGAUAUUGUAAAUGAAAUAAAGACUGCUGAUGAAAUGAGAGAAAAAAUUGUGAAAGAAAUACACAUUUUUCGACAAGAGAUUGACAAAUAUUUGAAUAAUGCUGAGGCAGAUCUGCUAAAGCAAAUAGAUCAACUGGCAUCGAAAAAAGUGUCUGAACUUGGGCAAAUGGAAAAAGAAUUUGAGUCUAUGGAAACUGAAAUGAGAGGAUAUCAAGACAAAAUAAGUAACAAUUCAGAACAGAUAAAUCAAUUGUUUGUAGUUGCAAAACUUGCUCAUGAAAAGAUUAAAGCCUGUCAAAUUUCAACCGAGAAGCUAGCGUCUAAAUAUGAGAUCGAAAUAUUUAACUUUGUAAAGUCUCAAGAGUUAGAAAAACUUGUAACAGACAAAUGUCUCAUUGGUGUUAUUAAUGAGAAAAAGCGGAAGUUACGUACACACAGCAAAAAGAGUCUGAAAUAUGUUGAAACAAAGCUGUUAAAGAGUCUUCAUAUCAUGUCAGCAGUCGACAGAGGGAAUAGCUUUAUAUCAGGAAUGGCAUUAAUUUCAUGUGUUGAACUCUUACUUGUUGAUUUCAAUAAUGAUUGUCUAAAACUUUUAAACGUAGAAGAGAAUAAGAUAAGCUGUAUAUUAAAAACAGAUGAUCGACCAUGGGACAUUACUGCAAUCAAUUCGAGAUUAUUCGCAGUAACUAUAACAAAUGGUGAACUUCUUUUCAUAAAUACAUCAAAUGGUAUUUCUAAAAGUCACAGUAUUAAGGUCAGACAUAACUGUAGAGGAAUCGACUACCGUAACGGAGUUCUUGUUGUAUCGUUCGACCGUCCAGCAUACGUUCAGCUACUUGACAUGAAAGGGAACAUUAUGAAAGAGUUUGAUAUCAGGAGACAUUGUUUAUAUCCUUAUUAUAUAGCUUCAUGUUACGACGACAACAAAAGCUUCAUUGUGUCUGAUGCCCUUGGACAUCUUCUUGUUGAGUUUACUGUUGAUGGGAUAGUAAAGAAUAAAGUAACAAGCAAUGAUAUAAAAUCACCAAGACAACUUGUUAUGACACAUGACGGAGCGGUUAUUGUUUGUUGUCAAGGCAUCAGUGAUAGACUCAACAUGGUAAAACCAAAUACAAGAGAGGUGCUUCCUAUUGUUGUGGAAGGGGUCAAAUGUCCAUUUUGCCUGGCGAUAUCUGAUGAUCAGACGAAGAUGUUUAUUUAUGACAGGUCAAAUAAUGAUAUCAAAUUGUUUGAUUUCAAUUGAUAUCUAUAUCGUAGGCAGAACUUAGAUGAAGGUUAAUCAUGUAUUGUCAGAAACUCUCACAUUGUACAUGUAUAUGUAUCUGUAUUUUAUAUGAAUCUUAUAAUUCAAAGAUUCUUUUUUCAGUUUCAAAGACAUUUCAUCGAUAAAGAAAUUUGUGAUGACCAUUUUACUAUACAUGUACAUUAUAUAUGCUUCAAACAUGUGAGCAAUGAUUUAUAUUUGUUCAAACAUUUUAUCAAUAUAUUAUAUUUAUUCAAAGA